AUGCAAAAAGUUGGUAAAAAGUCCUUUGCAAGCUCUGAAUUUGGCUCAAGACAUAGUCAUAAAGGCUUAUCGCCAUUUCAAGUAGUUGAAAGAUAUUGUGAUUUUCAUACGUCACCAGAACAUAGACUGUUCUUUGUAACCCCAAAGGAAUGUGAAAAUAAUCAUUCAAACGGCGCAAGAGGAAGUACUGAUACUGUUGGUACUAUAUACGCAAAUUCGCCUGUUGGUGCUAUUGGAAACUAUCCAAAUAUAGUAUGCGAUAAGUCUCCGCAGUAUUCUUACAAAGAUUUUUGUUCAAUCGUAAAUAAAGAGAUUGAAAAAAUUCGAUAUGCGCAUUAUAGUCUUAACGUUGUCGAAGAUGGAAAUGUUGAAAUUGUUGAUGGUGGUUGUAAUUGUAGUCGCAAUUUUGAUUGUGAUUGUGAUUGUGGUUGGGCUAAUGGUGAAAGAGAAGAUGGUUAUGCAGAAACACCAAUAGCGAUCUUAACUGCAGCAACAAUAACCACUCUUCCCCAGGAUAUGCGAUCAAUCUCAGUAAAGUAUAUGCCCAUCAGUGAUUUCCAGAAUGAAGUAUCCAAAAAUGGCUGGAAGCCUCUUUAUCGUGUCAAUCUGUAUAUAACUGAUAUUCAAUGGAAAGAGUAUGAUAGUAUUGAUCCUACUAAAAUUCCAAAAGAGCAACACCCAACUUCAUAA